UUUUUGGAACAUACUGAUCAGCAAGAGCAACUGGCUAAGAAGUGGGAGUUCAAAACAUCUGACAUAAGGGAACUGAGUAACCACGAAUUCUUCAUGCCAGGGAUGGUUGAUACACACAUUCAUGCUCCUCAGUAUUCAUUUACUGGCACAAGAGUAGAUCUACCUCUUCUGCAGUGGUUGACUACCUACACAUUCCCAACAGAAGCCAAAUACAAAGACAAUGGUUUUGCAGAAGAAGUGUACACCAGAGUUGUUAGACGAACUCUAAAGAAUGGCACGACUACAGCUUGCUACUUUGCAACAAUUUACACAGAUACUUCUCUUCUUCUUGCUGAAAUUAUAGAUAAAUUUGGCCAACGAGCAUUUGUUGGAAAAGUGUGCAUGGAUAUGAAUGACAGUGUGCCACAAUACAAAGAGAGUACUGCUGACUCUGUCCAAGAGACAGAAAGGUUUGUUAAAGAGCUACUGGAAAAGAAAUAUCCAAGGGUACAGCCUAUAAUAACGCCCCGCUUUGGCCCUUCCUGCACAGAGGAUUUGCUGUGUGCACUCGGCGAGAUAGCACAGGCUCGCGAUCUCCAUGUGCAGAGUCACAUAAGUGAGAAUGAAGAAGAACUCAAGCUUGUGGAGAAUAUGUUUCCUGCCUACCAGAAUUACACUGAAUUGUAUGAUAAAAACAAGCUGCUUACUAGCAAGACAUUGAUGGCUCAUGCCUGUUAUCUUUCUGAAGAAGAGCUGAAACUUUUUAGUCUUCGUGGAGCUGCAAUUUCACAUUGCCCCAAUUCAAAUUUUUCGUAA